GCGAUCUGCGGCACGACAAAGGGAAGAGGAGACGUCGCUGGCGGCGGACAGAACUCGUUUCAGGGACGCAUGUUGUAAUAUGGUCGAAACAAAAGCGUGAGGAGCGAUAGGCCUGUCGUUCUCCUCUAAAAUAUACCGACAACUACACUUAAAACCCGGCGUCGCUACGCGCUGUAACUUUUUAGUGGAUUUAUAGGCUGCUCGCGUGGGAAAUGGAGAAGAAAAGGUGGGAUUGCACUGCUCUCCCCAAGGGCUGGAAAAUGGAAGAAGUGACCAGAAAGUCGGGUUUGUCCGCUGGAAAAAGCGAUGUCUAUUAUUUUAGUCCGUCUGGGAAGAAGUUUCGAAGCAAGCCUCAGCUGGCCCGUUACCUUGGCAACCAGAUGGACCUCAGCUCCUUCGACUUCCGCACGGGGAAGAUGCUGAUAAGCAAGCUGAACAAGAACCGCCAGAGGCUGCGAUACGACAACAACAACCAGAACAAGGGCAAACCUGACUUGAACACAUCACUGCCAGUCAGACAGACGGCCUCCAUCUUUAAGCAGCCUGUUACCAAGGUUACCAACCAUCCCAACAACAAAGUGAAGACGGACCCUCAGAAAGCCGUGGACCAGCCCAGACAGCUUUUCUGGGAGAAGAAGCUCAGCGGUCUUAAUGCUUAUGACAUCGCAGAGGAACUGGUGAAAACAAUGGAACUGCCUAAAGGCCUGCAAGGUGUUGGUCCAGGUUGCACAGAUAAGACUCUGUUGUCGGCAAUUGCGAGCGCCCUCCACACCAGCGCUGCUCCCAUCACCGGUCAGCUGUCUGCAGCUGUAGAGAAGAACCCGGGAGUGUGGCUCAACACAGCACAGCCGCUAUGCAAGGCUUUUAUUGUCACCGACGAGGACAUCAGGAAACAGGAGGAGCUAGUGUACAGUGUGAGGAAAAGGCUGGAGGAGGCACUGAUGGCUGAUAUGUUGGCCCACGUUGAGGAGGCUGCCAACGAGGGGGAGUCUCUGAAGGAGGAGGGCAACAGCAGUGAAGACAUGGAGAGCGUAUAGCACAGGGUUUUGUAAAGCCUGGUUUGGUUCAUUAAACGUCUGCAAAUACACACACACACACACACACACACACACACACACACACACACACACACACACACACACACACACACACC